UUCUACAGUGAUUUCUAUGGAAUAUAUUCUUACCCAAAACGCCGCAACCAAAUUUUAUUGGGCACAUCAGCCAACCCAGGUUAACUUGGGGUCCAUUGACUUUCUAUGGAGUUUUCAUUACACAGUUUUGUUAUUUGUAUUUAUAUCCCUUAAUCUCAUUCUCUUAACCUCUAAUUUUGUCUAUCAUCACCAUCAUCAAUUCAUCGUAUACCUAUCAGAGUCUUUGUUUCAGUUUUCUGUUUUUUUUUUUUUAAUUUUUUCUUUUCCCAUUCACCCAUUGGAGUGGAAGUUUUUGCUCCCAAACUUAAUUAAACCCAACAUCCUGUAUGAUUAAAGCCAUGGACUUAACUCACUCCAAAUCUCCGGAGUCAGAUACUGAUACUAGAACCCCACUGCAGACCCACCUCUCCAGGGCCUUAUCUCUCUGCAAUGGCUCUUUCCAUCCAUCCCACCAUUACCAUACCCUAAAUCCCCAGCCAUCACCCCUCCAAAUGGUGGUGUCCUACAAAGAAUGCCUCAAAAACCAUGCUGCUAACCUUGGUGGCCUUGCCCUUGAUGGCUGUGGAGAGUUCAUGCCUAGUCCCACUGCUAACCCUUCUGACCCUACUUCCCUUAAAUGUGCUGCUUGUGGCUGCCACCGCAACUUCCACCGCCGUGACCCGUAUUCUCACCAGCCACCACCUCCAUCGGCUGUUCACUGGAAUUCAAGCCCAAGUCCUGGACAAACUAGCUCUGGACCGAGCCCUAGCCCAAACUCACCGGCAUCACCAACCCCUCAGCAGUCCGUCUAUCCAUCUGCACCCCGUAUGCUUCUGGCCUUGAGCACAGGACAUUCUGAGCCGUUUGAUGAGAAUCAGCACCAGAAUCCAAGUUUUAAUCCAACAGUGAUGAACCCACAUGGGAGAAAGAGAGCAAGAACCAAGUUUACAGAAGAACAGAAAGAGAAGAUGCAUGUUUUUGCUGAGAAGUUGGGGUGGAAGAUGCUGAGAGGAAAUGAAGAGAAAAAGGUGGAGGAGUUUUGCCGUGAAGUUGGGGUGAAAAGGAAUGUUUUUAAGGUCUGGAUGCACAAUAACAAGCAAAGAAAGGAAAAAGGUAACAAUCACAACAGUUGUGAUAUCAAUAAGAAUAUUGUUAAUGAUAAUGAGGAUAGAGUUGGUUUUGACACCUACAACUGCAACUCCAACGAUAUCAAUGGCAGCAAGUAUGAUGGCUUCAGUAGGUACCAGAUUGAGAGUAAAGUUAGAGCUCAUGGUGGUUCUCCUGAUGGGUCUUCUCCUUCAUCUUAAUCUAGAGUUAGAGAGUUAUUGCUUCAGAAAAAGAAAGAAAAGAACAGAAGCUAGCAAGUAAGCAUGCGGAAUCUUUCCUCCUUUUCUUUGCCCUUUUUGGUUCUCUUAUUUUACUUUGUUAUUUGUUUCUUGAUUAAUUAGUGAUCAGUAAUCACUAAUUAUUGACGAUGAAGGAUCAUAAUAGAGGGUAGGAUGACAUUUAAGGAGAAUUACUUCUCUUACAUAGCAAUUAAUAGAAAUUUCUUGAUCCUUGUUAACAGACUUCUGUUCAAAUAUUUAUUUUCUUUGUGCUUAUAAUUCUAGUUCCUUCAUUUUCUA